AAGUGAGGGUAUUGGAAAUGUUGAAUCAGGAACUGAUGGCGUGAUGAACGUGAUGAUGCAUGAAUUAGAUCGAGUUGCUCAACUAAGACUUGAAUCAAAAACGGUCUUGCCUACGUUUAGAUACAUGAAAGCAAAAAAAUAUAAUGAGGAGACUCAAGAUGGUAUUAUUGAAAAAAUUAAAUCAGAAAAUGAAGAUGGUGUUAAUAUCAAUCGACUGAAACGUUUGAGGCAACACGAUAAUGAAUCGGUUAAAGAAUACACCAAUCGAUACGAAGCCCAAGCAGAAUCUGUGAAAGAUGCUUUAAGAAUUGAUGAAAAACGCGAUUGGGUAUUAGAAAUUGAAGAUUUUAGAAAGGACAAAGAUGAUAGCAAAGAAAAGGAUCGGUCAACACCUGAAGUCUCAACAGAAUCCAGCAACACAGAUAUUGACAGUCUUGCAAAAGACUUUGCCGGAUUAAAGAUUUGUUGUGUCGAACAAAAGAAAGAUGAUGAGAAUUGGGCUCAUAAAUUGGAGUCUAAUAUUAAAGAAUUAACAAAAGCCAACCAAGCACCGAGGCCUCGAAGGUGUUAUGAGUGUAACCAAGAAGGAUAUAUUGCAAGAAAUUGUCUGAUUAGAGCUCAAAAACAAAACAAUAACCACGAUAACGAAGAAAGAAAUAAUCAAAUUUUAAAUCCUGAAAUUAGAGGCCUGAAUGUUCGACUCUUUGAAAUUAAGGAAACUACAUCAAGCAAGAGCAACGAAUAUCUAAUGAUAAAAGUGGAAGGGAGUGAUAUGUUGUUUGACAUUAGAAACCUCAGAAAAAGAAGGCAUUGUAACGAUGAUGAUGAAAAUGAGAUGCCUACAUGGGCCAAAUCAAAGUUCAGAAAUGACCGAACACAUGAAACAAGAGAUGAUACAAUCAAACCUAACAUGGAAGAAAUACAACCAAUUGAAGCAGAAACAUUACAAAACUCAAGCCAUCAUGGCUGA